AUGUCAGAUUUAUCUUUGUAUGCAGUGGAAGCGCUCGUGAUUCUAGAUGGUGAGGGAAAACGGAUAUAUGCGAAAUACUAUCAUGGUCCACACGCGCAGGCAGAAGAAACAUCGCAACAGUACAAGUCUGUGAAACAGCAGCUGGAUUUUGAAAGCAGGCUUUUCAAAAAAACACACAAGCAAAACGCUGAUAUUCUUCUUUUUGAGGAUAGCUUGGUGCUCUACAAGGAAUACGUGGACGUAUCUUUGUAUCUGGUGGGAUCUGCCGACGAAAACGAGCUGGUUCUCCAACAGGCGUUGGCUGCAGUAAGAGAUUCACUGGAGCUCGUUCUAGCCACUGGCAUUGAUAAGAAAAAUAUACUGGAGCACUACGAUAUGGCAGCGCUGGUCAUUGACGAAACUAUCGACGACGGAGUUAUUUUAGAAACAGAUCCAGCUACCAUUGCGUCUCGAGUCACGAAACCGCCUUCUAAGGACGUUCCUAUUAACAUUGAACUGAGUGAAAAGGGUCUACUCAGCGCUUGGGGCUUCGCUAAAAACAAACUUGCUGAAAGGUUGCAACAAGGUUUGUAA